CCUGCGGAUGAUCAAAACAUCGCGCUAUCGCGGUGAGUGGCAGCGUGUCAAAGAGAUUCGAGAUGACGGAGUCACCGGGCACAAGUUCGGCCGCUAAUAUCUGCGAAUUGUGCAACAAGCGCGCGCGCUUGUAUACCUGCCCGCGAUGCGGCACAGGCUACUGCGGGGCCGAGUGUUACAAGUCGGACGCGCACACGGAUUGCUCCGAGAGCUUCUACAGGCAGUGCGUCGAGGACGAGCUCAAGUCUCAGGAGAACGAUCCGGCUGCCAGGCAAAAAAUGAUGGAGAUCCUUCAGAGAGUGCACGAGGCGGACCUGGAAAAUGACCUGGACGAGGGGAGCACCAGCGGCGAGGACUAUCCGUUGGAUUCAGACGACGAGCAAGAGCUUCUCGACUUGGAGACCAGAUUGCAGAAUGUCAACUUCGAGGAUCCGAACGAGCUCUGGUCGGCCCUGUCCGAGGCGGAGAGGCAAGAAUUUGAGGCGCUGAUAAAGAAUGGAGAGGCGGAGAAGCUGCUGCCCAAGUGGGUGCCGUGGUGGACCUGUUGCGUGGAAAAGAAAUUGAUUCAGCCCCUUGAGGAGGACGCCAAGGACCCUUACGGCGAUUUAAAAUAUCCCGCUCUGAUAGAUGUACCGUUGUUCAACGAAUUGCAGAAAGCAUCCCCCUGCGUACGCUUUAACGUGACGAACGUGGCGUACGCUUACGCGUACAUCGCUCUUUACUACAUUGGAGAUUACUUGAGCUGUGCCGAGGAGGCUGCCCACAUCUUUUUCACUAUCUGCGGGAACAUGAGGAGCAAUGAGGUCUUCAAAGACGCGGACUCGGCAAUCGAGUCCGUUGUAGAAAAUAUAAAGAGCGUUGAUUCGUUGCCACGAGACGAACAAACUUUAGCGGCGCUGAGAGAAGCCGGCGCUUCCAUUUUGCGAGGACCGGGCGCCGAUAUGAACACCGUCUACACGUCCGCGGCACUCUCCGAGCUCCACCGAUUGCUAACAGCGGCGAAGACGGAGAUUUCGACCUGCAAGAGCGGCAAGCAGGAGUUCACAAAGAGGUUUUCGCAGAGGCCCAGCGACGACGCGAGCCUGUCGAAAAAGAAUAUGCUCCUGUGCUUGAAGAAGCUGGAGUAUUAUUUAUCGUGGGUGAAAAGCGCCGGGGCAGAAACCUUGUGAACGCGAUGACUUAUUAUUUAUUAAAACUGUACAUACACUGUGCUAUCACGUACAUGCAAGAUUCAUUAUUUACAGAACUGUACGUACUGUGCUGUCAUUUGUUGAAAAAAACAAGAUCAAUAAUAUUCUAUUAAUAAGCUCGUAA